GUUAUUGCUUACAUAUUUACAAAGGCAAAGGUUAAUCAUGUUUUAAGAUGCAAGCUAAAACUAGAUACGUUGUAGGGUAACAAUUAGAAAAAGGAAGUUAAUUUAUUAGGGUUCCGUACCUCGAAAGGAAAAAACGGAACACUUAUAGCAUCACUUUGUUUUCCGUUCGUCUUUCUGUCUAGACCCUUUUCCUCAGGAACACGUGAAGGUGAAGUAACACAUUAAGCUGGAAUUUAUUAUUAGAUAAUUCACAAGAUUUUUUAUUCAAUUCAUCAAAAUAGCCAAACGACCGCUGCACAGAUAUUCGCAAUUGCAGAUGCUUUUAAUAGGUUUGAUGAAGGAGAAAAUGUUUAGUAUAAAUCUGGCAAUAAACCAGAAGAUUUUGAAGAAGUUAUUCUUUAAAACAUGCAUACAUGGAUAUAAACUGAAUUGUAAUAAACUUUAAAGAAGCUCCAAUACGAACUGACUCGUGAUUGAUCCAGUUUACACGCGAGAGGCGGUCGUCUGAUAUGUUAACAGAGGAUUCUAUUAAUGUAUUCCAAUGACCGUUUGCGACUGACAGACACAAAGGCACUAUGAUUCAGAUAUCGUGAGGCGAGCAGUUGCUUCGUUGUGUUCAAUUGUUGCGAAAGAAUGCCAAAUCUGUUGCUUGUAGCGAGCCAGUGGCGCGUGGGCCACCGAUCGAAAUGGUCGUUGGGUGGGUAGCUGCGGCUGUGCUCGCCGCAACCGCGCUUGGUGCUACUAUCGCGCCCACAGAAAAACAAUUGCUAGAGAAAUCAAGUUGCGGGAGAGUUUGGGUGACAAUCCAUUCGCCUGCGAUAAAACUGGUCGGCGGAGGAGAAAUACUGGACGCUAUUGAACUUAACUGGGAUUUCGCUGAUUGUCACGACGCACCUGGACAAAUUGGUCUCUUUGACCAUCAGCCUGGUACGUGGAACGAUGCGUUAGUUUUCUACCCGAUAGAGUCACCGCAAGGUCGCAUUGUGACGAAGACAUCUCUGGGAGCGAGCACAUUGCCUGCUGGUUGGAACACGGGCGCUGGUGCUAGAGGCCCGCAUUGUUUAUGGCCAUGGGUGGGCGCUGGACACUCAAGAGGCGGCGCCGAAAUCAAGGCGUAUAACUGCUUGAAGAUACAACCAACAUGGAUGGAAGAUAACGCUGCUAAGAUCAACAAGCUCCGGAUCGGUCAUUUGGUGCUACCAGGCGCACAUAACGCGGGCGCAUGGAGCUUCGACACGGAAAUUAGCAGUGUAACCAGGGAUAACUUCGUCCUCUGCCAGGACCGCUCUAUCUGGGCACAGCUCGUCCACGGCAUCAGAUACUUGGACUUCAGGAUAGGAUAUUAUGAAUUUUAUACGGAUAAAGAUGAAAGAUACUGGUUAAACCACAACUUAAUACGAGUCCGUCCUUUGGUACCUUUGCUGAAGGAAAUUAGAGCCUUCUUAGAUGCUACUAACGAGGUUGUUUUUCUGGACGCACAUCACUUCCCAGUUGGGUUCUACGAGCAGGAUGGUAGCCCGAUACGCAGUGUGCACGCUGGCUUGUUGGAACUAGUGAAGCGUGAGCUGGGCCCGCAUCUCGCGCAUGCGCAGCAAUUGAGCACCGGCCCCGGCACCCGGGGACCUACGCUGCAGUCUCUCAUAAAUGCUAACAAGCGCCUGCUGUUUAGUUACGUCGAUCAUGCUGUUGUUACAGACAACAGAUGGCUGUGGCCGAUACUACCUCACUUGUGGGCAAAUACGAAUAGUCCCACACUUUUAUUCGAGUACUUAGAUGAUGCUAUACCCUCGUCACCACAACCGCACGCGUUGUCACCAUUAUUCUCAGCUAUGGCACAAACUACACCAACAGUACUAGAUAUACUGUUGCUAAGAGGAUCACUGCGAGCAAAUGCUGAAGCUGUCAAUAAAAUUGUAACCAAUCGACUUAACAACCAAUGGCGACGUCACGCUAACAUCAUCUCGACAGACUUCUUCCUAGGCAACGAUGUCAUUGACCUAUCGAUAGCACUUAGUUCAGAACGAGGCGCUCGAUUAUGACGAAGUGAAGCAGGUCUCCGGGUAAAUAGGUCGAUUUGAGGUCGCUCGUUAGCAAGCCGCGCAAUUCGUUCUGUUCACACCGCAAAGAUUUAUCUAGUUAAAUUAUGAUCGCAAUGCUACACUGCCAUACAUUCCAUUCAGGAUAAUAUAGUGAGAUAUUUUGUAAGUUCUAUUUAGACAUCAACUUGUCAAGCGUUCCGGAACAGAAGUCUAGGAACUUUAUACUUCAAGACUACGAGCAUUGUUUCAAAAGUUCGUCUUGUAUUUCAGAGAAACUUAAUGAUAUGCGAUGUUUUAGGUAUCAUGUAUAAAUGGAAAUUAUAGAGGUUCAAAAGUAAUCAAAAAGCGCCAUAAUUAUCAAAAUAUGGAAAGGAACUCACGUGUAUUGUUUCUAUUCCAAAUGCAAGUCAUUAUGAUGUAAUAACUAUAACCCUUUUAAGCAAUAAACAUUGAGUUAUUUUAAUUUUAUUCAAAGGAAUUUUAAUGCUUACUGGAAUGAAAUAUGCAGUUUCGAUUUUUUUGGCACACCUGCUCAGCAAGGAAUGUUUUUGUACAUAUGUAAAUUACAGUAUUAUGUAAGAAUAAAUCGAUUGUUAGACACCAAAGGUAUAAAUAAAAAC